AUGAGCGGCGGUGGUGGGUCUUCCACUUUUAGGGUUCCGAUCCCAAACAAUGUACGCAAAAUCAUACAAGACAUCCGCGAGAUCACCGGCAAGCAGCACACCGACGACGAAAUCUACGCCGUCCUCCGCGAAUGCUCCAUGGAUCCCAACGAAACCGCUCAGAAGCUUCUCUAUUUAGAUACCUUUCAUGAGGUGCGAAGGAGACGUGACCGAAAGAAGGAGGGAUUGGGCAGCAGGGCUACUGAUGAGCCUAGGAUAAAGCAAGGUGGCCAAGGGAGGGGGGGAAGGGGUACUUCUGGAGGAUAUUCCUCUAACUUUCCUGAUGGUGGUGGUGGGAGGAACACAGCUAAUCGGAGGGAAAAUGGGGUCAAUCACAUUGCAGAGAGAAGUCAUGCUCCCUCUACUCAGCCGGUGUUGCAGAAAACUAAGACUAAUACAACAUCUCAAGUUACAAGAGUUUCAGCUGUUACACCCCAUGGUGCUGCAAAUCAAUCCAAUGGGAAGUCAGUUCAUGGUUCUGUUGGCCAAUCUCCCAUAGUUGGUGUACCUAAAAGUAGUUCGGCUUCUAAUGACACUGGCUAUGAAGAACCACAAGCUGCUGCUGUUGCUACACCCUCUUCCCCCACUCAAACUUUUGGUGGCUUAGUUACUAGUAAUGACCAAGGAAAGCCUUUGUCAAGUUCUGAUUUACUUCAAACUUCUGUCUCGGGUGUCCAUUCCUCUUUGGAUCCUGUAGUAGCAUCAUCUGUCUCCCGGAAUCCUGGUGUCAGUGGUGCAAUCAGUAGGGAAGUUGGAAGCAACCGGAUAUCUGCUGGACCAAAUCAUGUUAAAGGAAAUCAAGUUGUUGUUCAAGAAGUUAAUGAUUUAAUAGCAUCCAAGAAUGAUAAAUCUGAGUCCCUGAAUUCAAUAAGCAAAACAAAUGCCCCACAAAAGUCAAAUGAAGUUGAACAUAAUCGGUUAUCUGAGCCAUCACAACUUUCCUGUCCAUCCGCAAAUGAUUCAUUGAGGCCAUCUUCUAGUUCUGGCAGCCAGCCACCUCUAGGUAAAUGUCUUUUUGUGAGCUCACAUGUUUCUGAAACGGCUAAUAUCACAGAGGUUUCACCUUCACAACCUUGUGUGCAAUCCUCGACAGAGUUGAGGCAACAUGUUACUUUUCCAAACCAUUUUCAAGUACCCAAGGCUUUAAAAAGUGGUCUGACAUUUGGAAGCUUUGAUACUUGUGGCCCAAGUGAAAAAUCUAACAGUGGAACUGAUGGGGACAAUAAUGUUACAUGUGCUCUUGAACCUUUGCCAGUGAGCGAUGAAGCAGCAACUUCAAGCAACCAAAAGACAUCAUUAACUUCACAAGGGGAUCAUCUUGAUUAUCCACAUUCUUCAUCUUACGUGAUUGAAAAGACACCAGCUACAGAAGGCAAUCCUAUAACUGGUACCGACACAAAGGUUGAUCAGCCAAAGAAGGAGGUUUUGUUGGCUCCUGAGGGUCAUCAACUUCCAACUGUUCAAACUGCUCAAAACUAUGGUUUGAAUUUCAUGUCCACCAUGUUAGGAACUCAGCAAAUUCAAUUUGAGGGAACAGAGCCUCAGGCACAAGAUACAUCUCGUUUUCCUAACUUUGUUAAUGCAAGUUCUCAAGCUGUGUCCCCUAGCCCAACUCCACCCCUACAGAGCUCUAUACCUGUGUCUCCACAGUCAGUUUCUAUUUUCAGGCCACCCUACCCUACUAACUUCUUCCCUUAUGGCCACUAUUACCCUCCAAUUUAUGUGUCUCCCAUACACCAAUUUUUAAGCCACAACGGUUUCCCUCAACAGCCAUCGGCUGGUAACAUGUAUCUACCAGCAGCUGCUGGCAUCAAAUUCCCCCUCCCUCAGUUCAAGGCAGGAGCAAACACAGGAAAUGCAGCUCAUAUUGGAAUUCCUUCUGGAUCAUUUAUCACUCCACCUGUAGGUUAUGCGCCAGGUCAAACAGUUAAUACUGGAAGCUCCGCUGGAAAUGAAGAUCUUGCAGUGUCGCAGUUAAAAGAAAACCAGAUCUAUACAACGGGGCAGUUGAGUGAAGGAUCUGCAGUGUGGAUACCUGCUCCAGGCCAAGACAUAUCCAGUUUGCAAGUUAAUUCUCUGUAUAACCUUACUGCUCAGGGACAACAUCUCACCUUCCCCCCAACACAGGCUGCUCAUGGAGCAUUUGCUGGUAUCUAUCAAGCAGGGCAGACAGUAGCUUCACCUUCAACCCUUUUGCAACAGUCUCAAGCUGUGGCUGGGCCUGUUGAAACCGUAGGGCCCCCUUCAGGAUCUUAUCAACAACCUCAGCCUGCGCAGAUCAAUUGGAACUCUAAUUUUUAG